UCAACUCUCUGACGUAAAAGCUGUCUAUCUUUUCUUCCUAAAAAAUUGAAAAUUGAAUAAAAUGGGUGAUAAUCCAGAUGAAACGCAAGCUAAAGAAGCUCCCGCGACAACAACAGAAGAACCACCUCCACCUCCACCUGAAGAACAGGUUCAAGAAACACCAGCUGCAGAAGCAAGCCCAUCUGAAAGCGUAACUCAGUCCCGCAAAAGUGGCGUCGAAUUUCACCAUUCUGCGGAAGCACGACCUUCACAAAGCACGGUUUCAAAAUCAACACCUUCGGCAACUAAAACUCAAGACCAAGAAACUUCAGAAGGUACAACUCAAAAACCCGCGGAAAGCGCAGAACAAGAACCACGUCCUUCUGCAAGUAAAGAUCAGCAACCAAGACCUUCUAAAAGUAAAGAGCAAGUAGCAGGAGAAGAGGCAAAGGAAAAACCACAAGAGGAGAAACAGAAAGAAGAACAAAAACAAGAGGAUGAACGAAAAUCUGUAGAAGUAAGUACGUCCAAGGAAGUAGUAAAAGAAGAAGCGGAACCUAAAGUUACCAAAGUUGAAACGAAAUCUUCCAAAGCGGCAUUAAAAAAAGAGUCUAGUGUCCGCCUGGUUGACAAAAAACCAAGUGGUCUUGUAUCUUCGGAGAGUUUAGAGAAAAAACACGGUUCAGUUGGCAAAGAUGAAGUUACUACUCGAAAAAGUCGUUCAGGACGUCUUAGCAGCAAAGCAAAAAACGUGCUGGGUAGCACAAUUUCUAUACAUCGUCUAAGUACUACAGGAGAAUUUUUCGAUAGGACGAAGGGUGCUCGUUUUAUGAACUCUUACAAACUGGAUUCUGAUCAUCCUUUUAAUCCGGAGAAAGUUGGAAAGAUUUUGGAAAGCGUUAUGACCGAAGUUUUCGAAAACUUAACUUAUGACCCCGAUAAAUGCCCUAAACAAGCUAAGUGGGCAUCUAGUGCUAUCAGAGCCAGGGUUAAAGAAUUACAGUUUGAUAGAUACAAAUUAAUUUGUUUGGUGACCAUCGGUGAAAAAAAUUCGCAAGAUAUUUUGGUAUCUCUCAGAUUUCUGUGGGAUGUGGACAGAGACCGGUAUGCAACAUAUUGUAUUGAAAAUACUUACGUCUUUGGAAUAGCACAAUGUUUUGGAGUAUACUAUGAAUAAAGAAAAUAAACAAUAUUUUCAUCACAUGUACCUACCUAUGUAAAACUCUUAUAUUCAAAUAAAAACUGAGAAAACGAGUGUUAUCA